CGUUUAAGCCUGGUGUUCUGAUGAUCCCGUAAUGUUCUCCUCCCACCCUCCGUUUUUGCUUUCAAGAAGGAACUUUCUGUUUCAUGCUGGCAGAUUUUUUGAAAGGAUUACCAGUCUACAACAAAAGCAACUUCAGUAGAUUUCAUGCGGACUCUGUAUGUAAAGCAUCAAACAGAAGACCAUCGGUAUAUCUUCCCACAAGAGAAUAUCCAUCUGAACAAAUCAUAGUAACAGAAAAGACAAAUAUACUUUUGCGUUAUUUACAUCAGCAGUGGGACAAAAAGAAUGCAGCAAAGAAGAGAGAUCAAGAGCAAGUGGAAAUAGAAGGUGAGAAUUCAGCACCUCCACGGAAAAUCGCUCGGACAGACAGCCAGGAUAUGAACGAGGACACUUAAACUGUUGGUUUUCUCCUCUACUACUUUGCAGGCGCUUCCCGUUUUGUCUCAAAGUGUGUAAAUUUUGCCCCUUGCCCCCAUCUCUCACCCCUCCACUAUGCAGCCCAAACCACUUCAGACUUCAUAGGAGCCAAUCUAUUUAUUUUUUUUCUCCGUUUUUUAUUUAUGCCGUAAAACUUACGGAGCAAUGGUGGAAUAAUUCAGUAAAUGAUGUAGUAACCUUAGUUCCUCCUUUCUAAAAACAUACACUGUCACUUUUGCAGGUUUUGUUCAGUCUGUUACCUAAUCAACCACAUCUAGCCAUGGAAGCCUGGGUAAGAGAUGUGGGUUAUUACAGAACCCUUCAGUGGUAUAGACUUUCUGAUUCUUGUAUCCAUUGACGUAUUACAGUGGUUAACUCUUCUCUGGAUGUGCCCAGUCCAGCCAUAAGUGUGGGGCCUCAAUAUCUUUCUCAAAUAUUCUGAAAUUGGCACUGCACUAAAAAAUCAUGGGUGUCACUUAGGAUUAUGUUGAUCUUAGCAAAUGUCUUGUCAACCUGAUAUAUCAGUUGUAUUCUUUUGGCCUGUUCUGUAAGGGCCACAGUUGUUUGGCAGCGUACGUUAUCACAUGCAUCAGUGGUCAUGGAGAAUUCAAGUGAAAGGUGUGUUGCUUUUGUUGCUCUUAAAUUCUAACAGUCUCGAACGGACUGAUAUGUGCAACUUCUCCAUUGGAAUAAAAGGAUACUUUUAUCCUGUUCUGAGUAUUUGAUCAACAGUGUAUUUAAGCAACAGCUGCUGGAGUGGAGCUAGGUAGGCACCUUGCAGUCAGCACUUGGCUGGAUAAGUCUGGGAGCACCUUGGCAACUAGAUCUAGUUCUCUAUCUCGACUGCCAGCUAUGAAUAAUGGUACGUUGCAUUUUCCUGCGAUAUCAGCAUGUCUGGCAUGGAGUCCAGGACUUAUAGUUGAUCAAAAUGUGAGCUUCCGCGGUCUCCGGUAAAGACCGAUCUCUUGGACUGUGACAGUUCAGUGCCUGUUGCCUGUAACCCUUCGCUGACUCUUCAGUAAGAGCCAAAACAGAGACCCACAAGUCAUCUAGGUGGAUUCAGAAGUUGAGAGACUAAAAGGAGAUGAACAUCAUCACCCGAAGGGGACAGGAAAGGUGUAGCUUAGAAAUGAUGUCUUGUCUGCUUUAAUGUAAGAAGCUGACUUCACACUGUGUUAGUUUAAAUUGUUGCAUUUAUGGUUGUGGUUUUUUUCUCGUUCACAAAUCCUAAACACCGAUUUCUUGAAAUCGCACGAAUGUUUUUCUAGAAAUCCUGGAUAAGCCUAGUUGUGAGUGGCCAAAAGCUUUGAGGACAGGGUUUCUAUUAUCCCCUUCUGCACAACAUUCCCUUCCGACCAGCGGACACUAUGUGUUUAGGUUAGGGGGCAAAGGGAAUAUGAAGGGAAAGACACUAUUCCUAAUGACUCUUACGUUAUGAGGCAGAACUUUGGGAAGAGCAGGACACAGCUCAUGUUGUGUUUUAAAGUUAUAUUAGGCAUGAAGUUUCUGAUAUAGCGAGUGAAUUUAACUGAAAGUUAACGCUGAAUAGUUUAGACUUUUACUUCUGCCUCAAAAACUUACCUUUUUGCUGUGGCAGUAACCUCCAAAUUACUGGAAUGUCAUUGAAAAUGCCAACUGUGUUGGUGAAGAUAAAAAUACUUAGAUUUCUUUGUAAUUUACUGGCAUUUAUAAGAGGACUCCUCCCAGAGUUACGCUGUCAAAAAGUGCUUUUGUGCAAAAUGCAAGAUGUUAACUGAAGAUGUCAUGUUAGCAUCCAGUUUCACAAGGAAGUAUUUAAAGCUGAAAUGGAAGAAUCCUGUGAAGAGCUGUAAGAUACCAAAAGAGGAAAUGGACAUAUAGCUGGUGGUAAAGUGUGACCAAUUUGUGUGUUUAGCAAAGUUUGAGAGCUGCAGCCUUGCAGACUAAUGUUUGUACAGUGCUUUAAAGUUGUAAAAUGCUGUAUAAUUCUUGAUUGAUAUGGCAAGGUUUGAGCUUUGCUGACUUCUCUGCUAGACAGAGUGAUGUACUAUUAAAGAGAGUUGGCAGUUC